AUGGAAACCGAAGCCCCCCCGCCCACCCCCGAGCCCCCCGCCCUAUUGAAAACCUACAAGUGGCUCACCCCACUACAGGGGGACCCCGAAAAAAGCGGGGGGUCCCCGGGGAGCCGGCGCUGGGCUCGGUUGCAGGGAUGGAAACGUUCCUACAGCCACCCCGACAGCGACGGCGACAGAGCCGGCGACAGAGCCGGCGACAGAGCCGGCGACAGGGGUGGCGACAGAGAUGUCCCCAAGGCCACCGCGAGGCGGUCCCUGUUCCGGAGGGCGUUUUCUGCCCCCUCCAAGGCGCCCAAGGGUGCGGGGGACCCGAGGGGACACGAAGGGACACGAGGGGACGCGAGGGGACACGAGGGGACAAAGCCACCCCUGCAGCGGUACCUGCGCUCCGUGGGCAGGAGGAGGGGACAAGGAGGUGACAGGGGGCAGGAGGGAGCAGUGACCCCCUUGGGGACAUCCCCGCUGCCGGUGCCACCAGUGCCACCCGAUGCCACCGUGUGGGACGUGUCCCAGUUCUCGCUGCUGGACGGACACCUGGUGCCACUGGGCAGGGACGAGGAGGGCCCGUGGCGGAGCAGGACCCGUGCCGGGAGUGCCACAUCUGAGGCCACCAACCUGUGCCAGGCUGGCAGGAGGGACCCAGACCAGGGGGUCGCAAGGAGCCCCGAAAAUGAGACCCCCCCGAGUGCCCAGUUCAGCAACGUCAAGGGGCUGCUGUGGAAGAGGCUCCUCCGGGACAGGAAAAGUCGAGGUGGCACCAGAAGUGACACAAUGGUGGCAGUCCCCGAGGGUGACAGGGUCCCCAGCCGCAGCGCUUCCCACGAGUCCCUGGUGCCACCACCCGAACUGGACCUCACUGGGGACAACGUCAUCGUCCGGCCCGUGCACGGCAGCGUGGUGGGGGAGAGGUUCUGCUUCCAGGUGAUCACCCCCGAGGGCAGCCGCUCCUUCGGUUGCGCCUCCCUGGCCGAGCGCGACCGCUGGAUCGAGGAGCUGCGCCGGACAGCCCAGCCCAACAAGGACAACUGCGAGCGCCUGGAGCUGGCUCUGUCCCUUUGGAUCUACGAGGGCCGGGACCUCCCCCCUCGCCGCCGCCUCCGCUGCCACCUCCAGCUCGACGGCGCCACCUUCGCCCGCACCACGGCCAAGCUGGCCGGCGCCGACGGCCAAAUCUUCUGGGGCGAACUCUUCCAGUUGGCCGCGUUGCCCCCGGUGCGCGCCCUCACCAUCUCCCUGUGCCGUGACGACCACCCCGGGCAUCCGGUGGCCGCCGUCACCAUCCCGCUGGCCGAGCUGGCGGCGGCGCGGCAGCCCCUGGAGCGUUGGUACUCGCUGAGCGGUGCCGGCGGCGGCGGCGAGCGGGCUCCGGCGGUUCGGCUGCGCGGGCGUUACCGCGAGGUGCGGGUGCUGCCCAUCGUGCGUUACAAGGAGCUGGCGGAGUUCAUCACCUUCCACUACCGGGAGCUGUGCGGUCACCUGGAGCCGGCCAUCGCCGUGCGGCACAAGGAGGAGCUGGCCGGAGCUUUGGUGCGCGUCCUGCAGAGCACCGGCAAGGCCAAGUCGUUCCUGAUCGACCUGGGCGUGGCCGAGCUCGACCGCUUCGAUGACCACGAGGCGCUGAUCUUCCGCGAGAACACCUUGGCCACCAAGGCCAUCGACGAGUACAUGAAACUGGUGGGGGCCAAGUACCUGCAGGACACGCUGGGGGAGGUGGUGGCCCAGCUCUGCAGCUCCGAGGAGAGCACCGAGGUGGAUCCCAGCCGAUGUUCAGGUCUGGAACUUUCCGAGCACCGGCAUCACCUGCGCCAGGUGUGCGAGGAGACGCUGCGGCGCAUCACCGACGGCUCCGAGUGCUUCCCGGCGGAGCUGGGCGAGGUGUUCGCGGCGUGGCGGGACGAGUGCGCGGCGCGGGGCAAGGCGGCCAUCGGGCAGCGCCUGGUGUCGGCCUCGCUCUUCCUGCGCUUCCUGUGCCCGGCCAUCAUGUCCCCGAGCCUCUUCGGCCUGGUCCAGGAGUAUCCUGGAGAGGCCACCGCCCGCACCCUCACGCUGGUGGCCAAAGUCAUCCAGAAUUUGGCCAACUUCACCACGUUUGGUGAGAAGGAGCCCUACAUGACCUUCAUGAACGACUUCCUGGAGCACAACUGGGCCACCAUGACCGAGUUCCUGCAGGCCGUGGCCACCCCAGAGGCCAGCGCCAACAUGGCCACCUACGGUGGCUACGUGGACCUGGCCCUGGAGCUCGCCACGCUCCACCUGCUGCUCUGUGACAUCUUCUCCAGCCUCGACCAGGCCACGCAGGAGGAGCUGGAGCCGCUGCCCACCAUCCUCAGGGCCAUCAGGGAGGGGACACCGGUGCCCGUGUCCGUGCACCUCAGCUCCACCGCCAGGAGGAGCCCCUCGGACCCCUCCAAGCCGGGCUUUGUCCCCCAACGAGAUCUGGGCAAGCACAGCCCCCUCAUCAAGAGCCAGUCCCUGACCAGCGUCCGGCGCGUCCGCAGCUGCGAGGAGGGGACAGGGACAGGGACAGGGACAGGGACAGGGACAGGGACAGGGACAGGGACAGACCCAGAACCGGACCCAACCCCGGUACCGGCCCCGGUACCGAGCCGGCACCGCCGCAAUGUCCAGCGCACCCAGAGCGUCCCGGCACAGGGCAAGGCCGCCCGGCGUCCCGCCAAACCGGACGGUGCCGGACACGCGGCCGAGGGGACGGCCGGGGGUGACACGGGGUCACCUGUGCCCGGUGAUGGCCCGCCCCGGGGGAAGCUGCGCUCUUCGGCGUCGCUGCCCCGUAAAUCCACGGUGCCGUGGCAGCGCCCGGCCGAGGACUCGGUAACCCCGGGCGAGCUUUACGCGCUGCGGCCGCUGGAGAAGUGUCCCCAACCCCUCGGUGUCCCCACCCUGAUGUCCCCAACCCCUCAGUGA